GAAAAGAGUUUUAAAAAGUGGUACUUCAUCAAAGCUUUCACGUUUAAAUAUUAAUAAAAAAAUGAACUUAUGGUUUAUUUUGUUUUGGUUUUUUUAUUGUUUAUUUUGUGAUGUGUAUGCUGAAGUUGUUUGGAAUUCUAGUUUUGAAACAAAUGAAAGUGACACAUGGAGUGUAACAUCCGGUAAUCAGCCAUUUCAAAGAGUAUUAUACUCAAAUUUAAAUGGUAUACCUGUUCAAAGUAAACUUUGGGCAUUGUCAGCUGUAGGUGUAAAUAAUCAGCUGUUGCUACCACAAGUGGCAUACUAUGGUGGAAGUGUUGACGUUAGUUUUUAUGCUUAUGCAGUUCAAUCUUCAAGCGAUAUAAUUGCAACAAUCCAGUUCUUAGAUUCAAAUUUUAUUCUAAUUCAAUCUAACAGUCUCAGUUUAACAAUAAAUUCUUGGAAUUAUUAUGCCGUUUCUCUGCCAAGUAAUCAACUACUAAACUCAGCAUUUUCAGUGUCUUUUAUGUAUAGUGGUGAUAGUCUAAUAUACAUAGACUCUGUUUUGAUAAAAAUUGAAGGUAUCCUUGCAAGUUGCAUCUCAAUAACAUCAUCAAACAAUUGCGGAUUUACUUUAUCAGACUUUAAUACAAGAGGAUGGAAGUUUUUAACCUCUGGUUUAACUUGGAAUAAUAGUCCUGGAUACAGCAUGGCAACAAAAAGUUUUUUAUAUCUUGGAGGUUUAUUAAAAGGAUCAAUUGGUGUCACUUCAAACCAGUAUGUUCAGCUAACUGUUACAAUUCCAGGAACAUCAUUUAGAAAGAUAGUUACUACUAUUUCUGAUUCAUUUGAUUUGACAGCCUCAACUCAGUAUACAGUUGGACAAACUUAUACGAUUGAAAUUACAUCUGCAACUCCAGCAGUUACAUCUACUCUGAAAUAUUUUAAUUUAUAUGUCGGUGGUAACUGCAACUCUUGUAAUGCCAAUCUUAGAUGUAUUUCACUACCAAAUGGAGUCUCUUGUUUUUGUGACGCAAAAACAUCUUGCACAGGGCUUAAUCAACAAUGCAUUGUUUCAACAAAUAAUACAUCAGCAAAUCCAUGCAGUUGUUUGCCUGGUUACACUCUUGAUGAUAAUGGAAACUGUGUUUAUGCAGCAACAGAAGAUACAACAACAGAAUCAACAACAAGUUCUACGGAUACUUCAUCUACUUCUACUGACACCUUAUCAACCCUGACAACUGACACAUCAACAACUUCAACAGAAUCAACAACAAGUUCUACCGAUCCUUCUUCUACUUCUACUGACACCCCAUCAACCCCGACAACUGACACAUCAACAACUUCAACAGAAUCAACAACAAGUUCUACCGAUCCUUCUUCUACUUCUACUGACACCCCAUCAACCCCAACAACUGACACAUCAACUGCUACAUUUGAAUUUUCUUCAUCUACAACUGGAGUUUUUAGUUCUUCCGUUGUUUCCUCGGAUAUUUCUCAUACCUCCACCUCAGUAUCUACUGCUUUUCCUGAAAGGUAUUCUUGUCCCUGUUUACUAUCAUUUUGUGAGAACCACUAUAAAGAAACCUUUUGUUCACUUGUAUAUGAAUCGUGUGGAAAUAAAAACACUUCAACACUUUCAUCUACAGCUUUAUCAGCAUAACCUUCUGGAAUUGUGGCAAUUUUAUUUAACAUAAUAUUAUGUUGAAUUUUUAAAUUUGUUUUGUUAAUAUCUUGAAGAACUUUUGUUUCCGAAUUGUUAUUUGUAUUUAUUGAUACGCAAGUUUUUUGUAAAAUUUUUUGUCAGACAAAAUGUUGUAAUCAGUAUAAAUUUUUUUGGAAUUUUUGUUUUUGUUUUUUUAAGUUAAAAUUUUGUAAUCAGUAUAUUUGAUAUAAUGGCUAAUGUCUACCUCUCAGGUAUUGUCUAAUUCUCAGCUGACUUAUCUACUUUAUGGCAAGAAAACCGUCAGUUGAUGUAUGUAAUUCAAAACCAAACCCAACUGUGUUCUCGUUUAUUUUGCGAUACGGAUCUGCAACUGCUUUAUGAUAAAUUUACUUCAACGCAACUUUGGUUUCUGUGUAUGCAUAAAUAUUGAUCACCAAAAAAUAAAAGUUAAUUCGUGUGUUAUGAAGAUCUUAAAGACAAAUUUAUAAAUCGUAGGAAAACGCGUAUGUUUUAAACCCAUAUGUUUUAUUUAAUCAGCUACAUGUCCAAAUAUUUGCAAUAAUAAAAAGUAUUCUGAAUCAUGCAAAUAUUUUUAUAAAGUUCUACUGAAUACGAUAAAUACUAAAAUAGAAAAAAGUUGUUGUAAUGUACUUUGUAUUUUUGUAUCUUGAAUGCAUAAAGGUUGAAAAGAAGUAUCACGGAUAGAACAAUUUACAUAUCUACUUUACAGCAAAAAAACCGUCAGUUGAUGCAUCUAGUUUAAAACAAGUAACCCAAUCUGCGUUCUUGUUUAUUUCAAACUGUGUUCUCGUUUAUUCCGAACUGUGUUCUUGUUUAAUUUGCGACACGGAUCUGCAACAGUUUGAUGACAAAUUUUCUGCAAAGCAACUUUGGUUUCUCUGUAUGCACAAAUAUAGAUCACCAAAAAAAAAGAUUAAUUCAUGAAUUAUCAAGAUUUUAAAGACAAAUUUAUGUCGUGGGAAAAUGCGUAUGGUCCAUGUUUUGUUAAACUAGCUACAUAUCCAAACAUUUGCUAUAUUAAUAAAAAUUCUGAAUCACGCAAAAUUAUUAUUUUUAUAAAGUUCUACUAAAUCCGAUUAAUACUGUAUAUGAAAAGGUUGUUGUGACGUUGUUUGUACUAAAGUCUAUCUUAAAUAAAUGUGUAAAGGUUAAAAAGAGGUAUCACGGAUAGAACAAUUUACUUGAAAACUGCACGUGUUUAACGCAACAUUUUUUUGUUUUUUUAUUUUUUUUAUUUUUAUAUAUUAGAAUGUUUUAAUACAAUAAAAGGGUAAAUGUUAA